GUAUUGAUGAUAUGGAAGAAAACCCACCUUUUGAUCCAAAUGAUGAAUUAGCAGUUAAAGAACUCCAACAGCAAAUAAAUAUAUUGCAUGUUCAUAAUCUAAUGCCAAUUGAAGACUUGCUAAACCUUGAAGAAGAACAAGAAGUAUACUAUCAGUUUACCGAUGAAGAUCUGAUUCACACUGCUACAGAAAUUGAACAG